AUGCUCGAGCUGCUCGUGGGCCCAUCGCGUGAUCCAGCAGACAGUGGGACGGAAGUCGACUCGGCCAUGUCGAAAGACAGCGACGCCGAGAGCUGCGAUACUCCAACGUACGAGGCGGCUCGCGACGCGCCCGAAGGCUUUGGUGACUAUAUCGUCGAGAUCAUGCAGACGCCAGAGACGCCGCUGCGCGCUGGCGUCAAGGGCCCGUGCCCGCCCAGUGACAGCAAUUCCGCGCUCAAGGUGGCUCGCCGAGUUAUCCGGGUCAUCUGCACUUCGUUUGAGACCAAGCUCGAGGCGUUUCGAACCUACACGACGCUCCACGGCCAUUGCUGCAUUCCCGUCAAGUUUUUGACUCCAAUCAGUGACGACCCUGGCGUGGGCGACUGGUCGUCGUAUCUACAAGGCCUCAAGCUUGGCAGGAUGCCAUUCCAGCUUCGGCAGGUGCCGCCGAAGCAGCUGCAGCGUAUCGCGGCGCUGACCAAAAUCGGGUUUCCAUGGAGUCUCCGCCCCGGACAGCUGCAAGUUCUCGGCGUCUACUACUCGAUCACGGGCCACUUGCACGUCUCGCCCAGCUUUGUUGUACCAGCCAAUGCGGCCACGUGGCCGCGUCACUUGUGGGGGCUUUCUAUUCGACUACCUCCCGGCACCGAGACGCCGUUCGGUCGCUACCGCAGAUCUGACGACGUCGACGUCGACUGGGUUACAUGCUUUCAGGCGCUCGAGAUGUUCCAGUUGCGAGAGGGCCACUGCUGCGUCCCGAAGGAGUACACGGUGCCGUGA